AUGGGUACUGUACGCAAAUACGCCAAUCUGCCAGACCUGGACUCUGCACCAGAUGUCUACGAGACUACCGAACCGCCCUCUCUCAUAGACGACAACUCCACCGUUGCAGCCUCAACAACAGCCCGCUCCACUAGUCCAACCUCCGGUCCCCCUUCAGACGAAGAGUCGGGCAUAUCACGCCGCCGCCUUCAACCCGCAGCAGCACGCACACACUUCCGCUCCUCUCGCGUCGACGCCCGCGAUGCCGACUUUUCAGACCGCGUCGUGCGCAAGCAAACCUAUCGAACUUCGUCGAGACGCCAGCGGAGAACCAGUGAAGGCAGUGAUGCGGAGAUUGGCGAUUCGAGUGAUGUGGAGGACGAGAGCUUGGAGCGGAAAGUGGCGAGGCUGAGGGUGGAAAUAGCGGAGGUGAAGCAAGAGUUCAACAGGCGCAAAUACGAGAGCAAGGGCGAGGGAGACAAGGAGAAGGCUGAGGACGAUGAGACGGAUGACGAGGUCAAGCAGAUGGGUGAUACACUGGAUGAUAUUCACGUGCAGCAGCGACAUGGCGGUGUCAAGGGAGCAGAGGCACAAUUCCAGAGGACGAUGAGCAAAUUCGCUAUUAAAUCUAGUGGGCAGCCAGCCAGCGGACAGGCAGCACCAAGCACCGUCCCAGCACAGCCUACACCCCCGGAAGCGCAACCCACAUCCCGCGGUUCCAGCCAGUUAUCCGCAAAGCGACGCAAAUACGUCCUCGCGCGAGCGGCAGAGUUCGACACCCGGCUCUCCUCCCUCGAAACCGCCCUCGGCCUCAACGGCAUCAACAUGCCCGACAUAGGGACGGACGUCCCCAAACCCAUCCUCCACACCCUCGCGAACCUCGACCGCCAAAUCUCCACCAUCUCAGCCGCGUCCACAGACACCCUCGACCCUGCAUUCCAGCGCAUACACCAACUCGCCCAAGAAGCCGAGCGGCUGGCCUCCCUGCGCGAAAGCGCUCGUACCACCACCGACGCCUCCAGCGACACGCUUACCCAGAACCAGCAACUAGCUUCUCAGGACCCGAACAACCGACCUUACCUUGAGGACCCCGAGCGCAUCGCAAAGAUCAACGCCCUCUACGGCACCCUCACCACCAUCGAGGACCUCUCGCCAACGCUUCCUUUAGUGCUAGAGCGCCUGCGUACGCUGCGCCUCGUUCAUCAGGGCGCGGAUAAGGCGAGCAAGGUGCUGGAUGCGAUGGAGAAGAGGCAGCAGGAGCAGGUGGAGGAGAUCAAGCUGUGGAGGGGGUCGUUGGAGGUUUUGGAGAAGCGGCUUGAGGGGGAUCAGAAGGUGCUGACGGAUAAUAUUGGGGCGGUUGGGGGACGGGUGAGGGGGUUGGAGGAGAGGAUUGAGAGGUUAGGAGCGGUGUGA